GGGAAGGCGGGGGCGCGGCGGUGGCGGGAGCGUCCCUGGUUUCCGCCCCUGUUUCCCACUCUCCUUCCACCUCCGACCCGCCGGGGCUGUGGACAGGCUCCGCUGGCCCGUCCCCCGGAGCCGCCCCGCUGCUGCCGCUUCCUCCCUCCGCUCGCGGUGAGCCCGGCAGUCUCCGCACUGUGCGCUCCCCCGUCUGGGCCAUGGAUGGAAUAUGCAGAACUUGUUUGAAACAGUAAAAGCCGUGUACAUGUUGCCAGAUAGUCGAUGAUUGCUGUCAUGCUGUGUAAAGACCGUGGAAUCUUACAACAGCUUUUACCUUCAUUGGAUUUCAUUUAUCCUACUUUCGUAAUAUGUUGUUACAGAUCUUAUAGCAGUCGGUUUAAAGCGGGGAUCUGAUGAGCUUCUUUCUUCUGGCAUCAUUAACGGACCUUUUACCAUGAACAAUUCUAGUCCUUCUAUAGGUGUGUAUGCUAAUGGGAAUGACAACAAGAAAUUUAAAGGAGAUAGACCUCCCUGUUCGCCUUCCCGUGUUCUCCAUCUUCGCAAAAUUCCAAGUGAUGUCACCGAAGCAGAGGUCAUAUCAUUAGGUCUACCAUUUGGCAAAGUAACUAAUCUUUUGAUGUUGAAAGGAAAAAGCCAGGCUUUCUUAGAAAUGGCUUCUGAGGAAGCUGCUAUUACUAUGGUGAAUUAUUACACUCCUGUUACUCCUCACCUUCGAAGCCAGCCUAUUUUUAUUCAGUAUUCCAAUCACAGAGAACUUAAGACUGACAAUCUACCUAAUCAAGCUCGAGCCCAAGCUGCACUGCAGGCUGUCAGUGCUGUCCAGUCAGGAAAUCUGGCCCUUCCUGGAGCUCCCACCAAUGAAGGCACAAUGCUACCUGGGCAGAGCCCUGUGCUCCGGAUAAUUAUUGAAAACCUCUUUUACCCUGUUACUCUGGAAGUUCUUCAUCAGAUAUUUUCUAAAUUUGGCACAGUCUUGAAAAUUAUCACCUUUACAAAGAAUAAUCAGUUUCAAGCCUUGCUUCAGUAUGCUGACCCAUUGAAUGCACAGUAUGCCAAAAUGGCACUGGAUGGCCAGAAUAUCUAUAAUGCAUGCUGCACUCUGCGUAUUGACUUCUCCAAGCUUACCAGCCUUAAUGUGAAAUAUAAUAAUGACAAAAGCAGAGACUUCACUCGCUUAGACCUUCCUACUGGUGAUGGCCAUCCAUCCCUUGAAUCCCCUAUGGCUGCUGCUUUUGGUGCACCAGGUAUAAUUUCCUCACCAUAUGCAGGGGCUGCUGGAUUUGCCCCAGCCAUUGGAUUUCCUCAAGCUACAGGUCUGUCAGUCCCAGGUGUUCCUGGAGCUCUUGGUCCUCUCGCACUCACCUCCUCUGCUGUCACUGGAAGGAUGGCCAUUCCUGGGGCUGGUGGUAUACCAGGAAAUUCUGUUCUGCUUGUCACCAAUCUCAAUCCUGAUCUUAUCACACCACAUGGGCUGUUUAUCCUAUUUGGAGUAUAUGGUGAUGUACAUCGAGUGAAGAUUAUGUUUAAUAAGAAAGAAAAUGCUUUGGUUCAGAUGGCAGAUGCAAAUCAAGCUCAGCUAGCAAUGAACCAUCUGAAUGGUCAGAGACUUUAUGGAAAAGUGCUCCGUGCUACACUGUCCAAACAUCAGGCCGUUCAGCUUCCUCGAGAGGGACAAGAAGACCAAGGUCUGACUAAGGAUUUUAGUAAUAGUCCUUUGCAUCGCUUUAAAAAGCCUGGCUCUAAAAACUUCCAGAAUAUUUUUCCACCAUCAGCCACUCUGCAUCUUUCCAACAUCCCACCUUCCGUUACGAUGGAUGAUCUGAAGAACCUUUUCACAGAAGCUGGAUGUUCAGUGAAGGCUUUUAAAUUCUUUCAGAAAGAUCGCAAAAUGGCCCUUAUUCAGUUGGGAUCUGUGGAAGAAGCGAUCCAGGCCCUCAUUGAGCUUCAUAACCAUGACCUUGGAGAAAAUCACCACCUCAGAGUUUCCUUCUCAAAAUCUACAAUCUGACUUUCUGUGAAUUUUUCUUCUAAGACUGGACCAUAAUAGCAGUAAAAUGUUCAGACAUAGACUGAAGCAACUCAAGACCAAUUCUGCCUCUUUUACAAAAAUGAUUUUUUUCUGAGUUUGCUGUUUAAGUAUAUUCAAAAAAUUAGGGAUAUUCAAAAAAUGUUUUCCCCCCUGCCAAUAUGUGCUCAAAGGGGUGUUUUUCUUUUAUAUCUUAGUUUCUAUGAAAAUAAUCUUCAGGAAAAAAUUUUUUUUUCAGUAAUUCACUUCCCCAUAUAAAAUUGGAUUUCAAAAGGACAGACUCUUUUAGUUUGGGACCAGAUCAGCCUUAUACAUUUCUAAACUCCUUUGUACUUUAAAAAAUUAAAUAUAACAACUUUUAAAAUUA